AGAGUGCUUUGACUUUUUUUUUCGAACAAAUGAGCGUGCGAUUUCACAAGUUCUGGAAAAUUGCUAAAAGCUUCUAAAUUUUGAGUGAAAAUUCCACGAAAAGUGUAUCCCUCAGAAAGAUCUUGGUGUUCAUCAACUGCCAGGCUUGAAGGAUUCCAGAAAUACUUAAGAUAUUCCCCGGGAAAUUGCAAAGGGAAAGAUGCAGGCGUCUCGCAGUUGUGCGCAACAAAUAUGGCCUCGUCGUUUGAUUUCAACUAGAUUGCUUCCGAGAAAAGGGUCAGUUCUCGAUGAAAAUUGGGGGAUUGCAUCAUCGAGGAUGUACUCGAAUUUGCAGGCCAAAGUAAUUAGCACCAAGCAACUCACAUUGAAUGACUGCAUGGGCAGGAAUCCCUGCUACAAAUCUGCUUCCAAAAAGACGAUGGCAUCUGCUCCAGCUCCCCAAAUUAAACAACGUAAAGAAAAUGAUACGAUGGUAAAUUUUGAAGACACAGUCCCUAAAGACAUAUCCCUCAAGAUUAAGAAACUCUUUCCUCUCGGCUAUAUUGCAACGGGUAAGGAAAAUCUUGAAGACCUUCAACCAAUCCCUAAGACGGUAGAGUCAGUAGAAUCAAAUAAAGAAGAAGAAGUCCAAGACGGCAUUCCCAAGCCUCUUAAAGUGAAGAAACUCUUCCCAAUGGGCUACAUUGCAACGGGUAAAGAAAAUCUAGAAGACUUUCAAUCAGACUUGAAAACAGUAGAAUCUUUUGAGAAAGAAAUCCAAGGGGGUCAUUCUGAGUCUCACAAAGUUAAAAGUGUUUCUGCAAUUGAUAAAAAAUGUCAAGAUCUUCAACUUAUCUCUAGGAAGGUUCAAUUAAGUAAAAAAGACAAAGUUCAAGUUGAUAUUCCUAAACCUCUCAAAGUCAAGAAACUCUUCCCUAUGGGUUAUAUUGCAACGGGUAAGGAGAAUCUUGAAGAUCUCCAACCAAAGUCAAAAACAGUGGAGGUUCAUGUAGAAGAAGAAACCCAAGAAGGAGUACCCAAACCUCUCAAAGUUAAGAAACUCUUCCCCAUGGGCUAUAUAGCAACGGGUAAAGAAAAUCUUGAAGACUUUCAAUCUACCUCAAAAACAUUAGAAUUCCAUAAAGAAGAAGAUACUGAAGAUUUAGAAAAGCUUUCCAAAGGCAAGAAAUCGGUUCCCAUUGACUCUGUCGUUAGUGAUAAGCCUUUGAAUUUAUCAGAUAAAGCUACAGAACCUGUUGCCUUUUUUGGGCUAUUUUCCAAAAAGAGCCCUCCUCCUUCGUCUAGUAAAGGCGGAUGCAAUGGUUUCAAUAUAAAUCCCUCAAUGUUCAAAAUUGACUCAGAUGAUCCUGAUCCAUGUGGAAAUUGGGAUGGGAAGAUGCCUCCAAUUAUUGUGGAAGAUCCAUCAAAGAAUUUGGACAAUAGUGACGCCUAUGCUUCUCCUGCUCUUAAUGUUGUCCCUUAUCAAAUAUCUAAGUCAUCGCCAUUUCAGAAUUUCUCAGAAACUGAUCCUAAAAGUCCCUGUUACCGUCACAAUAUAAAUCCCUCGAUGUUUUCCUUUGAAAAACUUGAUCCUGAUCCCUGCAUUGCUAUGGCAGAUAGGGAGGAUCUAAAGUCUGCUUACGUUAAGGAUAGAAGCGUAAAGUAUCCAACACGUUUGGGUGAUGCAGAGCACGAAUCUGUUACAAUGUUUGUGAGUAAAUCUAAGGAUCCUUGUAAAGAUGUUGCUUCUUCCGUUGCUAAGCCAGGACCUAAUAUUCUGAAUGUUAAUCCUUGUGGAAAGACUGUGACAGUACCUUCUUCCACGACUUCAAACGUAUCUCAGUUUAAUAAAGAAAAGUCCGGCAUAGUUGAUGAUCCAAAUAGAAAUCCAUUCAUAACUCUUCUCUUGCGUUUUGGCGCAUGUGAAGAUCCAGAUGAGGGCUGUCACGGUUCAAAGUCCAUAGAUAGUUCUGGCAAACCCAAACCACCUGUUUCUACUGCAGGAGUCAACGUUGACACCCUGAAGAACAUUGUGGGCAAGACAGUAGAGAAGAUUCGGGAGAAAGGAACUAACCAGACGAAGAAGGGAAAGGUAAAUUUUUUUGAUAUUGAAAAAUUCAAGUGGAAACCCUGGUAAUUUGAAGAAGAUUAACCAUAGUCCAAUUUCUCCUACAGUUCUGUCUUAGAAUUGGGACAAGAAGAUAAAUUGAAGAAUAACUGAAGCUUUCAAGAUUUUUUUUUCUAAAUGUCUUUCAAGUGACCUCUAAUAAAAUUUUCAUGGUAAAAG